AUGAAAUUUCCGGACAUCCAUUUAAACAAGAAAUAUUCUAUUACGACCCUUGAACCAAUUGGAUAUAAUCUGCAAUUUCGAUGGUCAACAUCCGUUGCUAGAGAACAAGAAAUAGAAAAAUCGUCUAAAUCAUAUCCGAACGAGCGUCACUUUCUACCGCCAAUACAUCGAACCAAUUUUCAAUCAGUACCAUCUUUGACAACAACUGUGAAUAAUGACACAAACAAAUUAAAGAAGCAAAUAAAAUGUCGAAAUACUCUAGAUUUACCUGUAAUUCAAUUCAAUGAUGCGUUAUUCUCCUACAAUAAAAGAUUGCAAAAAUCAAAUAAGAAUAACACCAAGCCACCAAAACAUUUAGAAAAAAAUGUGCCGGAAACAUCCAUUUUCGAUGGUUCCAAUAGUCCAUUAUUAUUAACCAUGGCGCAAUUGAAUCCAAAUUUGGAAUAUCGUUUCGAAAACAAAUCUUCUGAUGCCAAAGAAAAACAACCAUCGUCAUCAAGAUUAUCUCACGUUUCAAUGGUUCGUUCCACAGACGGAAAAACUUCAUCAAUGACAAAACGAACAAGUUUUGUAUCAUCAAAAUCAUCUGAUUCAGCUAUUGAUCCAGUACCACCAGUACCGAUACAUUUAUCAAAACUAAAGGUAAAUCGAUCACAGAAAACUGAAGAUCAAAAUAUAAUUAAUGAAAAACAAGCAAAACUCACUCGUCUAAGGACUGCGCAACUCCGACGGUUAAGAGUUAGCGAUAAAUAUUUAACUGAAGCAAAACGAUUGUAUUUUAAUGCUGAUCAAUUAGCAUUUUUACCCAGAACUGCAAUACCAGUUUGA